AAGUUAGCUUACAGCAUCUGUACAGUUGUUGGAAUGCAUGCACAGUAUGUGUCUAUGUUUACAUGAACUAUCAAUGAAAGUUUUACAAUCGAAAAGUAUCCGUCUGGAUGUGUGUAUGAUGUCUUGUUUUGGAAGUAUUCUACAAGAAGAAAGGCACGUGUUUGUUUGUGCGCGUGAGUGUUAAAGUGUCGCGCGUGAUCUGUGUAGAUUUGUGACAGAUACUGAGGCUGAGAAUGUUAUCUACCUUGGCACUAUCUCAGCGUUCGUUUGAAUUGUUGGUGUUUUCAUUGCUAUGUGUAGCAAGUGUAACGUGGGCUAGUCAUCCAUACACAUUCCGGGACUCUAACCAAGCGGAAUUCGUUCAAGGAUUAGAAAGAUAUGACUUCACAUUUCCAUCCAGGGUGACCCCCGACGGCACCCAUAUAUCUCAUUCCUUACAUCCCAAUAUACGGCGGAGGAAGAGGAGUGCCGAAGUGUUUUCUCCGGAAUCCGAGGAAACACCUGAUCACACAGUACAUUAUAAAGUGAAUGUAGAAAAUAAACUUAUUUAUUUAAAAGUUAAACCAAAUUAUAAACUUUAUUUUCCGUCCUUAGUUGUUGAAAGACGAAAAGGUGUUUUUGGAAAUGUAACGGAUUCUGUGUUUACGGGUGUCGCGCCGGGAGAGGACCAUUGUCAUUUUGUUGGAGAGGUUCUCGGAGAAACGUCAUCAACAGUGGCACUGGAAGUCUGUAACGGACUGACAGGGUUACUGCGAACCAGUACGGGAGCUUACUUUAUAGAACCGGUGAAAGGACAUCCUGCCCUAGACACUGGACAUCCUCAUAUUGUGUACCAACACACAUCCCUGCCAUCCCAGAUAGGUCUUCACAACCUACACGACUCUGGAAAACAUCACCAUGACUCCCCGUGUGAUGCUAGAGGUGAAGAUGGACCAUCAGAUGAAGACAAGGAACACUAUGAUCGAGCCGCAGAAAAACACCGUCAAAGCCACAGUCGUAACAAAAGGUCCAUCUCUAUUGAGCGGCACAUUGAAGCCAUGGUGGUGGUGGAUCCUGCGAUGGUGGAAUAUUACAAAAAUGAAGAUGUAAAAACAUACGUCCUCACCAUCAUGAACAUGGUGGCCACACUGUUUCACGAAGCGUCUAUAGGGAAUGCUCUCAACCUAGUCAUUGUCCGAAUGGUGCUACUCGAGGACCCACAGGAAGAACUGAAGCUUACCCACCAUGCUGAUAAAUCAUUGAGAAGCUUUUGUAAGUGGCAGAAAAAGAUGAACUUUAAAGAUGACGAUCAUCCAAACCACCAUGAUGUAGCUAUACUACUUACCAGAAUCAACAUCUGUUCUCGUAUGAAUGAGCCAUGCAGCACAUUAGGCCUUGCUCAGGUUCCUGGCAUCUGUCUCCCUCACAAGUCCUGUAACAUCAACGAGGACACUGGGCUACCCCUGGCCUACACUGUGGCCCAUGAACUAGGACACAAUUUUGGGAUGACCCACGACAGUGUCCGGAAUGGCUGCGAUAUGAAGGAUGGAGAGGAGUUUCUAUACGUGAUGGCUGCCCAACUCCUGGCUGUCAAUGUUCCAAUGAAGUGGUCGAGUUGUAGCAGGACUGCCAUCACCAAAUUCAUCGAUCGGGGUUGGGCCUAUUGUUUGGAUGAUGAGCCAGCUGAAUUUCAUCAUAAGGAAUUCCAGUACCCGAUUAUCCCCCCUGGGACGAUGUAUGAUGGUGAUCACCAAUGUCGACUUGUGUAUGGUCCUGACGCUAUUCUCUGUGAAGAUGUGGAGGAGGAGAUGUGCAGUACCCUAUGGUGUCGUUACAAAAAUAAGUGUACAACUAAACUUGAGGCUGCAGCAGAAGGAACCAUAUGUGGGCAAAAUAAGUGGUGUUUCAAUGGAGACUGUGUAGAGAUUGGUGAGCGUCCUCUGGCCAUUAACGGUAACUGGGGAGAAUGGAGCAGUUGGUCAGAGUGCAGCCGUACUUGUGGCGCUGGGGUGUCGACCGUUCAGAGACAUUGCGAAAACCCACCGCCCUCUAAUGGUGGAAAGUACUGUAUUGGCGAGAGAAAACGCUACAGGAUCUGUAACACUAAUCCAUGUCCAGAAGAUACACCAAACUUUAUCACCGUACAGUGCCAGGAUUUCAAUUACAUUCCCUACAGAAACAAACUGUAUGAGUGGGAGCCUGUGGAAAUGGAUGUAAAUGAUGCACCUUGCCAGCUACACUGUAAACCAAAGAAACGCUUCUUCUCCGUACUGCUGUCAGAUAUGGUCGCUGACGGGACACCCUGCUCCCCCGGCAAACGCAACAUGUGUAUUAGUGGUCGAUGUCGGCAUGUUGGAUGUGACUGGCAGCUAGACUCUGCUGCAAGGGAGGACCGAUGUGGAGUGUGCCACGGAGACGGCUCAACUUGUGAGACUGUGAAAGACCAAUAUAACGAAACUCAGGGAUUAGGCUACGUAGAAGCAACUGUGAUACCGCGUGAGGCGAGGAACAUCAGGAUAGAGGAAGUAGCUGGAGCUAACAAUUAUCUGGCAAUGCGCGACAACAAGGGCAAGUACCUGCUCAACGGGCACUGGUUCAUCCAGUGGAGCGGGGAUUACGAGAUGGCUGGGACCAUUGUCCACUACGAAAGAGAAGGCAACAAAGAGAAAGUGGAGGCCAUCGGACCACUGAAAGAACCCAUACAUGUCAUGCUGCUGCUCCAGUCACGUAACCCUGGUGUGAUAUUCGAGUACACUGUUCCUCGGGAGAACAUCACCGAGACGAGGGAGUCUGAGUUCCGUUGGAAGUACAUGGACUGGACACAUUGUACAUCGUCAUGUGGGGGUGGAAGCCAAAGAUCACAGGUCGUGUGUGAGGAGCUGGAGGCGGGACUUGUAGAGGACCAGUAUUGUAACAGUUCUAUCAAACCUGAUGACAAACAGAGAGCCUGUAACCUUCACCUGUGUCCAGCCAAAUGGUGGGCAGGAGCCUGGCAGCAUUGUUCCCUCACAUGUGGCAAGAAUGGAGUACAUCGUCGGACUGUGAUCUGUGUACGGAAUUUAGGACUGGAUGAACAGAUAGCACUGGAGGACAAGAAUUGUAUGGAUCAAGAAAAGCCAAUAGAAAUAGAACCAUGCCAUCACAAGGAUCCAUGUCCUGGUACCUCUAACUGGGUCAUAGGCUCCUGGUCACAGUGCCAUGGUAACCCGUGUGAGAAGCAGCAUCGGUCUGUACUCUGUGAGGAUCCUCAGGUUGGCUGUGAUGACUCUCUCAAGCCAAGUAUGGAACAGUCCUGUACCAACGUCACUUGUGGUGUCUGGAGAGCCGAAUCCUGGUCUGAGUGUACGCGGACCUGUGGGGGAGGGAUGAAGUCGAGGCAGGUCCAUUGUAUAGGAGGAUCUAUCUGUAAUGUAGAUGAGGAACCAUCCAGAAACAUGGUCUGUAACAAUAUAGAAUGUCCAAUAACAACAACUGCUUCAACGACAACAGUACCAACUACUACAACCACUUCUGCUCCUACUACUACUACUCCCACCACCACACCUGCUUCAACAACCACUGUAUCAACAACAACUUCUACAACAGUCCCAACGACUUCCUCUCCUGAAACCCCCUCCCCAACUAGCACCACUAGAGUACAAACAUCAACUCCCAAACCAAGUGUAGCCCGAGAUCUACCACCCCAAGUACAGAAUGGAGAGUCUGUUAAUAUAUUGUUGCCUGGCUCCAAGGGAGAGAACUCAGUAAUUAUACCCAAAAUAAGUGAGAAAUCUCUGUCUCCAUCACUCCAGGAGGGAGACAUUCCUUCUCACAUCAAAAAUGAGGAAAUCAAUACAGGAAUUGAUGUCAACAUACAAAUAUCCCGGACUUCCCAUCAUGAUGGAGAUAAUGGCAGAGAUGUAGGAAUCAGUAAGAACGAUGAAAUGAAUAAAGAGGAAAGUACCGACUUGUACAAGGUGAUGGAAGGUGGGGUAGAGGAAGAUGAAGAAGACAAUGAUUUCAGUGAUGAAGAUGAAGGUUAUGAGACUCAAUCUGAUACAGAGACAUCAGAGAAUCAACGAAUAAAAGACCCUGAAACAAAAGCUCCUUCUAGUGAAAAUGAACCAAUCAAUGAACCUGUAACUGGGGACAGGUUACAUUCUAAGCCAAUCAGUGAACGUGUAACAGAAGAUAGGUCAAAUCCUGAAAAAGAUGGUGACUCUGGAACUGACAGGCAUGAAAUACCACAGCCGCGAGAACACAAACCAACACAGGAACGUCGUCUACCCCCACCAUCAGUACCGGACCGAGAAACAACACCAACACAAGAACAACGUCCACCACUGCAAGACAGAAAAACAAUCCCAGAUCAAGAAGAAACUGAAGAGACUGACAAUGGUAUAGGAGAAAUAUUAAAUGAUCCUUUACCAAGAUCAUCAGUAAGAAAUAAUCAAGAUGAAAAUUUAGAUUCAUUGCCAGAACAACCUGAGAAUACUCCCAAAACACCAUCCCGUCCACAGAGGCCAAGUUCUGGGGAGAAGAGGAUGAUGCCUCGACUACCAACAAGAGGAUCAGGAAGGGUUGUCGGAGAAGAGAUUGGAGUCCGCCCACUGCCUAACACACCUAUGAUUAAGCCAGGUCUUAUCCCCAAACUCAGUAAUGCAGGCUAUGAGUGGAAGGCGGCCAACUGGACGGAGUGUUCAAGAAUGUGUGGUGCUGGAAUACAAACAAGGACUAUCUACUGUGUAGACAAAGCCAGCAGAGAGACUGUGGCCAACAGUCACUGCGAGAUCCGACACAAACCUAACGCCAUUGACCGAUGUAAUGUCCAUGCCUGCUCAGAGUGGGAGAGUGGAGACUGGAGCUCAUGUUCUGCCACAUGUGGUAUGUCAAUGAAGAUGAGGCUGGUGACGUGUCCUAGGGGCCAUGUUUGUGACCCAGAACAAAAACCUCUAGAAACCAUGUCUUGUGACCUUCCUGCCUGUAUUGCUUGGGUCCAUGGUCAGUGGAGUAGGUGCUCCAAGACUUGUGGCGGAGGAGAACAGGUUCGUCUUGUCCAGUGUAUCAACAUUACAUCACAACAGAGGGGCGUCGGCUGCUCCGCCCAUACUAAACCUGUUGAAAGACAACAGUGCAAUACAGAUUCUUGUCCUGACAACAAUCAUGCUUUAAACAGACACCAUUGUACUAGAGACAAGAUGAGUAACCAGAUUUGCCGUGCCCUAAGGAGAAUGAAACAGUGUUCCAAACUGUACGUCCGUGUCAAAUGUUGUCUCACCUGUAAUGUACGACAGUGGAGACAACGCCCCUACCACCGUCGCACUGCCAGGUAGAACCGUAGUGACAGCCUCUUUACUGGGGCUGUUUCUAUAAGCCGGGCGGCCUUGGAGAAAUCCUAUAUAUUGAAUUUGGAGAAUGCAAUUCAGAAUCUGGAUAAGAACGGUGAAGGAGACUAAAAGAUUUUCCUGAACAUGACUCAACUUCAAGGAAGUGCAAUUUUAUGCUAAAAACUCGAGUUGACUGUUUGAGUUUCUCCUGAUGAAAAGUGCAGUUGGUUUAACCACAGAAACAUUUAUGUGAAGCAAUGACCAUAUCAACACAACACUGGUUAUUACACAAUCCUCCCAGUGAUACAGGGGAGACAACUCUUAAAAUUGUGACCCAGUGUGUGUAAUACUAAGGAUCAUUGAUGAAUCACUGUAACCAAUGAUAUGGUAUGACCAUUUCAUGGUACCAGAUGGUUAUAUGGUGUGACAUGUGACCAGACAUGUGAUUAGAGAUGGUGUGACAUGUGACCAGACAUGUGACCAGUUGUGAUUGGAGAUGGUGUGACAUGUGACCUGACAUGUGAUCAGAUAUCUUGUGACAUGUGACCAGACAUGUGAUUAGAGAUGGUGUGACAUGUGACCUGACAUGUGAUUAGAGAUGGUGUGACAUGUGACCAGACAUGUGAUUAGAGAUGGUGUGACAUGUGACCUGACAUGUGAUUAGAGAUGGAAGUCAGCCCACAGAUUUAUUGUUGGAAUGUCUGAUGAGAAGGAUUGAUUUGUACACUGUUCAGGACCUUUAUCCAUUGUCUCAGAGUAACAAGUCCCAAGAACGCUAACAGUGCAGGUGUCCUAUCCAUCCUGUGGGAUUCCUCCAUAAACUGAUUAAUACUUAGCUGUAUAAACUCCAGACAACUGUGCUCGGCCUUGUAGUCCCUUCCAGAAAUGUACAAAUGCUUGUACUAACAUAGCUUCUGUAAGUAGUCCAUUGUAAAGUCGGUAUACUCUACCGAAAACUGGAAAAACAAUUAACUGCUUUCUCCUGAUUAUCCAUAUGUGUGAAAACCAAACAUUGCUGACUGAAUUAGGAUGGAAGUGGAUAUGUACGGAGUAUAGAGAUUGGUACUACAUGGAACCAGUGACUCGACUUUUAUCUAACAUAUAUAAGGUGCUGUGAUGUGAUUAUAUUAUAUACUCUCAGAUUUAUAAUUACUGAACCGUCGGAUACUGGUGCCUAUAUAUACUGUGUAUUAAAUAAGUCACUUGUUGAUGUUUUCUCACAAUUUAACACUUUUGUUUAUAUGUUAUAACAGAUUAGACAAUAAUUUGUUAUUAGAAGCUACACAGUGAUCUCUAUACUAAAAUAUAUUGUUAUAUUGUCACUAGAUUUUAUACCUAGAUGUCCAACCUCAGUGUAUAAAGUAGGGUAGCUCUUAUUGUAUACUAUAUAUAUUUGAUAUGUUGAUUGGGCAGAAUCUAUUUUCACCUGGUGUAAUCGACGUAUUUCUCAUUAUUUUAUGACAAUCGGUGAAAUUUGAUUGUCAAUAUUGAGAAAAUUAUUUCUCUUCACUCAAGAAUGAUUUUUUUAUGAUUUUGUUUAAGUUCAGAUUAUGACAAUUAUUCACAUGUACAUUUAUGGACAUUAUUCAAUGAAGGAAGAGUUAGGUAUGUAAAAUGUCACAUUCAUUGCUGUCUGUG